AACGAAGACAUUAAUCAAUUAAGAGAUGAUAAUUAAAGCAACCCGCAUUAUACGAGAGUAAAACCCGCUUCGUUCUAUUAAUUGCUGGAACAAAUACAAAUAUAAAAAAAUCAUUGAACUUAAAGUUCAUAGAGUCAACCACUAUCGAUACUUAUCUAACUGCUAUAAUUCGGAUGAUGUGCGUGCGGGGUGGUAUUUUCUUCGUACUGCUUGUGUGCGUCUUUCAGGCCGAUGGAGCGCCCCGGUCCGUGACCAAUGAAGACAUUCGAGAUGCCAUCCUAUCAAUGGUCAACGUAAUCCGUUCCACGGAAGAUAAGCUAGAACGACACGAAUUUCGAGAAAAAACUCUGGGAGAUCAGUUCAAAAGAGUCCUGUCAAAUAUUGACAAACGUCAAAAACAAUUAGAUUCGGUGAGAGGAACGAUAGGUAGACUCGAUCAGAGGUUGGCCACCGUCGAGACCAUUCUCCUGCAGAAAGAUGAAAGAGAGCGGAUUCAAGUCCAGAAAGUUUUUGACAUGGUGGAGCAGAUCCAUCGAAGUCUACCGCAGCUGUUCGAAACGUUAAAGAAUGACAUAACGUCUUCGUUUUCGAGCACCGAAGAAAAACCUCAGGACGCGCCCCAUAAUGCAGAACUCGAAAAGCUCCAAAAAGAAAUCGCGACAAAAAUCGACCACACCUCGAGCACGGUUAAAAACAUCGAAGGGCAACUGUCCCAGAUACGAGAGGAGAACAAAAACAACUUCAGCGGGACCCACAAGUUCAUGGAACAGUAUGAUACCAAGCUGGACGAGUACAACAAGCACAUUGACGUUCUACCCACGAGAUGCAAACAGGAGACCGACACUCAGACGGACGUCAUCCUCAAGGCGUUACAAAACCAAGAGCUGCACAUAAAAAAAAUGCAGGCGGAAAUCAGCGGCGCGAACGCCACAAUUAGGGAGCUUCAGCAUAAAAUCGUCACGAUUCAUGACAACCUGGAGAGCGGCCAGAAGGACGUAAAGGACAACCUCAAGGAGCUCAUGAACGACAGCAAGCAGAAUUACAAGAGCUACGGUAGCCAGUUGGGCACGUACAAAGAGAAAAUUGACGCUAUACCGGGGACGUACAAAAAUGAGACUGAAGCGCAAACGAAGGAACUGCUGAAGGCAUUUCAAACGCAUGACGCAGGCCUAAAGCAACUUAAAAAAGAACUAAACGAUUUGAAUACCAAAUUACCAGAACAACAUGUAAAAAUCAUCGACAAACUGGAUCUACUACCCAAAUUAACGAACAACGACAACCUCCUCCUAAACCAAUCGGAACUUGUACAGAAUGCCUUGAAGAAAAUGGAGACGAAGAUCAAUGAUCAAUUGAGAAAAAUGGGCGAGGAAACUCCUAAGAUUAAACAGGAGAUAGGAAAAGCUCUCAACCUCGAGCUACCCAAAAAAAUAGACGCGGCCGAAGGAAACAUAAGGAAACUGUUAGAAUUGCAGAAGGAACGUUUAACCGAAUGCAGUAAACACAUUGACGAGAUCCCCAAGCAGCAGAAGCAACACACAGACGAAAUUCUGAAAGUACUCAAUCACGAAUUGGCGAAGAAGUUCGAAGCGGUUUUGCAAAAUCAACGGCAGCAAGGAGACGAAAUCGUUAAAGUUCUGAGUCGCGAAAUGGAGGGCGCCACUAACAUCUCGAUCGAAAGCAGGACGGAGCGAAAUUUAAUACUGGAAGCUUUACAAGUGCAAAGGGAUCAACUGCAAGCGUGCGGCAACCAAACUGAGUUGUUAAAAAAAGAUCUUACGAACAUUUUACAGAGGGACAAUUUGAUUACUAGCGAGAGCCUUUCGAAGUUGGCCGAUAGUGUCGAUCGGACUCGUUCGCAAAACCGAGCGAGCGCUGAAGCGCUUUUGGUGCAAUUGAACGAGACCAGAUCUUCGGCGCUUGAAAAUCUCCAAUUGAUGACAUCCAACUCCAAUUUUCGCUGGGAUGCGAUUGAAACGUUGAUCGAACAUGCUACUGAAGUGUCAAUGACGAUCAAAGAGGCAGUGGGAGCCAGUGAGAAAAGUCUGAUCGCGAAGGUGGAUGAUAUUAUACGAGAUUUGAAAACCCACAGCGGCGAAGUUAAGGAAGCCUUGAUCGAAAGUAAGACUAUUUUACAACGACAGGAAAGUGAGCUAGUAGACUACAAUGACAAAAUGGACGCACUGCCAUGGAAGCACAAGGUUGAGAAUGACAAGCAAACCCAAAUGUUGUUAGAAGCGAUUAAGCAUCACAUUGAUGGUGCAACGAUGGACAGCAGGUCACGUUGCGAUCAAGCUCUCCUGAAUGAGAAAGAACUCACCCAAAACCAAACUAACGCUUUGAAAGAACUGAACACAACCGUGGUGGAGUUGCUCAAACGGCAACCGAAGCAAAACGAGCUCGUUCAAACAAUUGAAAAGCAAAUGUUGUUCAUUGCCACGACGGCCGCCACGAACAUCAACGAUCGCUUGGAGCGCAUCACUAGCUCCCAACUGGAGCAGUUCACGAACAGGAUGGACGCAUUCGUGUUGGGCCAGAAGGUCGACAACACUCAGUGGCACGAGGCGAUAAUGCAAGAGUGCGCCAGUCAGAGUACCGUGGCGGCAAUCGAGGGCACCGUGAGGAACUUGACUACCUUUCCGGAGUUCAUAAAGAAGUCAGUAGAUGAUGCGAGGAAACGUGCAAAGGAUCAGGAAGGCAAGCUUAAUGAAAUCUUAGAGGAACUGGAAAUGAAAGCGCUCAAUACUACAAUAAUGGAAGCGUUAAAAUCGCACUCCCGAGACUUCACGAACGGCCUCGAUUCUGUCAAAACCGAUAUCCAUAAUGAUCUCGAAGAGGCUAACCUCAAAUGGCAAAAAAUCCAAAGGGAUGGGGGCGAUACUCUGAUUAAAGAGUUGGAGGCGUAUGUCCAAAGUGGCUUCAAUAGAAUUUCGGAUACUGUAGAACGAAAAUUCAACGAGAGCAUCGACAAGACGAACGAACUGCCCCUACGGAUAAAAAUGGAGGCCGCCGAACAAUCCUCGAUCAUUUACCAAGCCAUAAAAACUCAAGGUCUCAAAACCGAAAAAUUGGCCACCGGUAUGCAAAAUAUUAGCGGAGAUAUUAACCGAAGCGUGGCGGAGAUCACCGACAUCAAGACCAAAUUGAAAGCGAUCGAAGAAAAACAUAACGAGUGCGUGGAUGAGCUUAAAGCUAAACUUGAAAAUGUUACUAGUCAAGCGGACCUUUCGGUGUAUAGAUCAGAAAUAGAGAAUCAAACUGCCAUUAUUAUUAAAGCUUUGGAAGUGCACACUGAGCAAGUCCAAAAAUUAGAAAGGCACAUCGAGAACAAAACACUAUCGGCGAACGACGUAUUAGACACCAUGCAAACACAUCUUGCAAAAAUUCACGAGAACACCCGAAAACAUGGCGACGCAGCGGAAGCGAUCAAGAAAAACAUAAGCAGCAGCAAUGAGCUUUUACAAAAGUUCAACUCGAAAUUGGAAGACGACCGGGAGGGAUGUCGGAAACUUUUAGAAAACCACACGAUCAGCACACUCGAACUCCAGAAAGAGAUCAACGAGAAACUGGGCGAAAACGCCAAGACGUUGAAAACUGCAGACGCGCACUAUGAUAAUCUAACUCAGCUGCUGAAUAAAACUCAAGAGUGCAACAGUUCGUCGACGCUCGGCGAAAUCAAAGCAAUUCGAAGCAGUUUGGAGGAGUUGCGUUCCAAAUCGGACACCGCCAAGCUUCUGGAGUCAAUAAAAACGGUCGAGGAGCUGAGCGAAAAUUUGAACGCGAACAUCGCGCUCAGUUUCGGAAAGCUCGUCGACGAAAUCGAGAACUUGCAAAAGUUGGAGGAGGCCGUGCGGCAAACCGGCGACGGCGUCGUCGACACGAAGCGGCGCGUCGAGUACGGCGUCCACCAGGUGUCGACCGAGGUUUCGAACUUGAUUAAGGCGCAAACGAAGGAGCUGAACGCGAGGUUCAACAACUUGGAGACGUCGCUCCUGGACCGCGACGAGGGAAUUUUGGUAAAUCUGACGGCGGGAAUGGCCCAGGAGGUCGAUCAGGUUUGGAAGCAGAUCGGAAUGAUGCAUCAGCAAAUGACCGCGACAAAUGAUCUGAUCGGUAGCUUGGACAGUCGGGCCGAUCGGUUCGUAAAUGGAACCACGACCGCUAUGGAUGGCAUGAAAGCGAAUAUUGGUAAAAACACCGCCCACGUCAUCGAGAUGGGCAACAAUCUGAACAAUCUAUUCGGGCGAAUAUCGCUAAUAACGCAAGAGUUCAAUCUGAUCAAGAAAGGGCUGGGAAACACGCUCGAGGAAAUGAAACGCGGCUGCCAAACGGUUCAAAAUCGAAUAAAACCGCCGACCGGAGCGGGUCCGUACCCGGUUAACCGAACGUAAUUUUUUAACUGUUAAUUUUUUGUAUUAUCGUAUAUUAAAAUACCAUCCAAUAUAA